AUGGAAGCAAUUUCUGAGAAAGAUGCACAAAAAAUGAAUGUAGAAACUCCAGAAGAGAAGACUGCAGUAGCUGAAGACAAAAAAGAAACACCAAAUCAAGUUUCUGAAGAAAACCCAGAGGAAUCAGAAUCGAAGGAGGUUGAGGAUGCUCAGGAAAAGAAAGAGGAUGAUUCUAAACCUCAGGAAGAAGCUGAAGUGGAACCUGAAGAAGCUCCUGAGCAAAAUGGUACAUCUACUGACAAAAAGGAAUCAACGGCUGAUGAGGAAGAACAUAAAGAAAACGACCCCGCUGAAACAGCAGAGGAUUCCAAAUCAUCAGAGAAUGAGCAAGAGAAUUCCUCUGAAAAUUUAAAAGAAGAUGAAUCAACCGAGAUACAAAAGUCUGAAGAUAUUCCCAAGUCGGCAGCAAAAAAUGGUGCAAAGCAAAAAGGUGGAGAAAAACCAAACGUAGAAUAUAAAUCCGGUAUGCGUGUAUUAACUAAGCUUGCUGGUUUCCCCUGGUGGCCAAGUAUGAUCAUUACAGAAGACAAAAUGACUUCUGUAGCUUUAAAGAGCAAACCUAAGCGCGCUGAAAACUACCACCCUGUAAUUUUCUUCCCUAAUAAAGAGUAUUUAUGGGCCAGUCCUGAUGCUUUAUCUCCCUUAACAGAAGAUGCCAUUUCUGAAUAUCUUGAAAAGCCUAAACCCAAGACUGCUGGUUUAAUUAAAGCUUAUAAAGUCGCUCAGGCUACUAAGAGUUUAGACGAUGUUUCUCCUCCUCCCUCUGACGUCGAAGAAUCUGAAGAGGAAUCUGAGGACGAAGGACAAGAAGAAUCUGAAGCUUCUGUCGAAGAAGAAGAGGAAGAAGAAACGAAGCGGCCGAGUCGAGCCAGCGCUAGACGGGGAAAUAAUAAAGGUGCUAAAAAGUCUGUGUCCUUUGAUCCUUCAUUGGACGCUUCUAGUAAAAAGUCCUCUUCUACGGAAGCUGCAUCACCUAGUGCUAAGAGAACUCGAGCUUCUCCUCGAAAAGGAUCCCAGCAGGUGAAGAAAGCGGAUGCUCCUGCAAAGAAGAAGGCUAAAAAAAAUGAAGAAAAGGAUGAAGAGGAGGAGGAGGAAGAGGAGGAGAAAAAAGAAGAAGAAAAACCUGAAGUAAAUGAGGAGGAAGCGGCUGAGCGUACUUUCAAAUCCAGGGAACAAUCUUUGUUGUUUCUUCGUCACAAAUUGCAAGGUAGCCUUUUGGCACCAAAUGCGGACUUGUCCAAGCAAAAUUACGAUAUUAUUCAUGGAUAUCUUGAAAAGCUUUCUACAUUUCAGGGAUUGGAUGCUACGCUAGUCCAGAAGACUAAAAUUGCGGUUGUUGUGAAGAAAAUUUGUACUUUGACGGAUUUCCCCGCUGAUCAAGAAGAACCUGUAAAGAAGAUUUGUCAUGAACUUCUUGAGGAAAAAUGGAAACCCAUCAUGCAAGCCAUAUCUCAGCAAAAGCAAUCGCCUGGCGAAUCCAAAUCUGAGACACCAGAACCAGCAGCUGAACAAGCUGAGGAAACAAAAUCGGUUGAAAACACCGAUACGGAAGAAAAGAAGGAAGAGACGGAAGAAUCGAAGGAGCCUUCCCAAGUUCUAAGUGAAAAGAGGGAAAGUGAGCCCGAAUCGAAAGAAGAGUCAGAACCAGAAGCCUCGGAAUCAAAAGAUACACCCAUGACGGAUGCUUCACCUUCUACGGAAGCACCUUCGACUGAAGCAUCCGCUCCAACUGAUUCUCAAAAGCCGACCGAGGAACAGAAAGAGCCUUCAGUUUAA